AACUGUAUGAAAAGUGAAUAAAUGUGCAUAUAAAAAGACCCAGAAAGGGCUGUACCAUAAAGUGAAGGACUUACUAUGCAGCCAGCAUUGGUCAUGCAGUCGCUGCAAGAAACUCAGUCAUUUUUAGCUGAGAGUGACGUCACACGGCAGCGAAUCGACGUCAAGUCAGGCACAAGCCCAUCCGCUGCUAUCAGUAUGGAAACCAACGUGCAGCCGAACAGGCAGCAGCAGCGCAUAUACACCUCAACCCCCAUAAACGAAUUCAACAAGCAACGAAAAUCGCAGCAACGCAACGACGCCAUUGGUUUUUUUGAUUUGGCCAAAGCAACAACAAAACGUUACAUUUGCGUGGGCGGUGGCGGUGCUGCUAGUGUCAAGGGGCAGGAGCCGACCUUUGAUGUGCGCCUGAAAGCUCUAAUUUUGUUAUUUGGCAUUAUAAUUAUCGGGUACAGAAUCAUCACUUUAACAAUGCCCUACAUCAACGGCAGCAACGUACAGCAGCUGAGCAGCUAUGUGCAGGCACAGCUGAGCGCUGCCUUGGACUGGUCGGAGCAGCACCAAAUGCGCUCCAAGCUGAGCCCAUUGCUGUGGGGCGUUAUUGUGUCUGUUUUUUGCUAUGCCAUUGUUUACUUGGACAGCGCUGUGCCAGGCGUUAUUCCACCAGCGCCCUUCUCGCCUCGCUCUAAACAGCGAUCUCGUCUAAGGAGCUCAGCUGUGCAGCUGAACUAUUGGUGCGCGCUGGGCGCGGGAAUAAUGGUUACAUUUCUCAUGUAUGUGGAUGUGUAAUUGCACGUUGCAGUUACACCGAGCAUUUCCUUAAGUCAAAUAUGGCAGCAGUAUUAGUAUAUAACUCAGUCCCGAUUUAAUAAUCGUAAACUCCCCCUUUCCACAAAUUAGGGAUUAAUUUAUUUUUUUUUAUUUAUAUGAAGCAUUAUAUAUGUAUACAUAUAUAUAAUUAUAUAUUUGUAACUGUGCAAUGCUCCUAAAGCAAAA